UCUCGGCUUCUGCUAGCAUCUCGAGACAUGAGCCUCGGAGGGGGCUCCCGCGCCUCCCGCCCCUGGCCCCGCCGGGGGCUGCUGCUCCUGGGGCUGUUGCUUCUGCCGGUCGUAGUCUCCGUCGCCAGCGAUCCUGAAGCAGGAGAGGGAGACCUGCACUGCCUGUGUGUGAAGACCACCACCCGAGUCCAUCCCAAGCAAGUCCGCAGCCUGGAGGUGAUCAAGGCUGGACUCCACUGUCCUACCCCUCAAGUGAUAGCUACGAUAAGGGAUGGGAGCAAGAUUUGCGUGGACCCGCAGGCCCCCCUGUAUAAGAAAAUAAUCAAGAAACUUUUGGAGAGUCAGCCACCAGCUGCCUGA